AUGCCUCCUCCACAAUUGAACAUCUCUCCUCCACUACUCAACUCGGCAACCCCUUGGGCAACCGACCUUGACGAUCUCUUAGCAAUCGCCUCAUCCCCAUCAACAGGCGCCAUCACGACCCGAACAUCGCUUAUCAAUGGCUUCAACCAUCAACAUGAGCAGCACCAAUACUUGUUCUUCGAUCCGUCUUCAGCGACCCCAAGCGAAGGCACCUCAUCUAAUCAAACCCCGCCCAAGGAUCAUAGAGUCGAGGCUACUUCCAGCUUGAAUAACUUGGGCUACAGUCCCAUUACGCUGGACGGAUAUCUUGGUUUUCUGAUUGAGAUAUCUCGGCGGCUUCCUGACUUGCAAAAGACGUUUAUUGUCAGUGUUACUGGAUCACCUGAGGAUAUCCAAGAAAGCUACAAGAGAAUUGAAUCUGCUUCAAAGAAUCUCUCAUUUCCAUUGGCAAUGGAAGUGAACUUGAGCUGCCCCAAUAUUCCUGGUGCGCCACCCCCAGCUUAUGAUGGUCCUUCCCUCCAAAAGUAUCUGGCUUUACUUCCUAUGCAUCCGUCGCUACCUAUAGGCAUCAAAACACCUCCCUAUACACACCAUGGACAGUUUGCAACUCUGAUCGAAACCCUACAAAAGGCGGCAUCGUCUAUUAGCUUCAUAACCGCCACAAACACACUCGGCUCGUGCCUGAUUUUACAAGACAGUAAGAAUAUUGAUAUGAGCCCUCAACUACCUGGAACAGGCGUUGGUGGUAUGGCAGGACCGCCUCUUCAUCCUCUUGCUCUUGGCAAUGUAUCCACUUUGCGGAAGAUGCUGGAUCAAGUACCCGAGUUGAGUCAUGUCCAGAUCAUUGGUGUUGGUGGAGUACGCGAUGGAGACGGCUACCGAAGGAUGAGAACUGUUGGGGCUUUUGCUGUGGCGGUGGGUACAGGUCUGGGGAAACAGGGAUCAGGAGUCUUUGAGAGGAUCGAGGGUGACCUAAAAGGAAAAUGGGAUGUCACUGCAUCGAAGCUGUAA